UAAUACAGAGUAAAUUCAUCUUACUGUUUCGUGUGUCCACAAAGGAUCACUCAUCGUGGUAACAAUUUGGAGCGCGUGCGACAGACUCAGCGAUCGCUUAUUACUAGACACGCCAGCACGAGAGUAUCCAUUUUACGUUCCUCCGAAGUCUCACUUAUUGCAUGUCGACUUGCAGGCAACCUGAGUUAUCAUGACGUUGACAAUCCCUAUGGCCGAGCUCAUUGGCGUGUUUGUGGAGUCGUUGGCAUAUGGUAUAUAUCUGAUGGUGUUUAAUCAAUGCAUGUCUGUACUCAGGAAGAGACAUUCGCGACCAAGUGAUUACUUGGUUGGGACUGCAGUUUCACUCUUCAUCCUCAUUACGGCACACCUUGUCGUUGAUAUCCUGCGCAAUAUGCAGGCUUUCACCACAGACGAGGCAGAGCCAAAUUAUCCAUCCAUAUAUUAUGGCACAUUUGACACUUGGCAAAACAUUCUAAAGAGUAGUCUGUAUGUCGCUGUUACACUGGUGUCCGACGCAUUCAUUUUAUACCGCUCCUUCAUUCUAUGGGGUAGGAAUUACCUCAUUGCUACAUUCCCUUUCUUGUUAUUUAUCGCGGAUAUUGCUAUCGGUGUUUUCUGGGUGUACACUCUGAGCCUUGUUGUUCCGGGUGAAGACGUCUUCGCAGAUGCCCUCUCCGUCCGCGUCAAGACAUUUUACUCAAUUACUCUGGCCAUGAAUGUUAUCUGCACAUUGCUGAUUGCCUUCAAGAUUUUGAAAAUCCAAAAAGUAGUUGCACCCUUCAAAAAGGGUAACGAUGACCAAAUCUCUCGUUUGGUACCAAUCAUAGUUGAAUCUGGUUCUGCGUAUUCAGCCUUACUCGUGGUUAUGAUUGGAACAUAUACUUCUAACUCCCCAGCCAUGUUCAUCAUUUUGAAUUCAAUGUCACCAAUCAUCGGUAUCGUGUUCUCUUCCGUUAUUGUCCGCGUCGGUCUGGGUCUAUCUCACGGCGAUUCCCAUCGCGCCAAUGGCACACUGUCUUCCUCGCGGAACAUUCAGUGGAUGACGCGUGCGAGUUCCAGGCUACCCAAUAGCGAACAGCCGAUUUAUUCUCCGCCAUUCCAGUAUGGAAGUGUUCAGGUCUCGCUGGAGCAAUCUGUACAUACUCAUACCGACGGCUUACCGGACGACGUCGAGAAUGACAUCUCAAAGUCACAUUCAGAGCACAAAUCCGGCUCUUUCCGUGUGAUGUAACGGAGAUAGAGAAAACAAUGCAGCAAAAAUAAUGGUCGUCUGUUGAGUUGAGUUGUAGUUUAUAGACGGUU